GGAUCCCCUAAGGUCUGUGCCCACCAGUUGUUCAUCUUGUAGUUCCAGUGUCUAUAAUUAGUUCCGAUUCUGUAUGGUUAAAUGCAUAUGUUGAUAUCGCUCUAAGAAAGUGUUACGUGUUUAACUGUUUAAUGUUUUCUUUUCGUUAGAGUUUCAAAGAAAUCAAGGUUAGAAUUUGUGUCAGCGCGGAAUCAAGAACCAUUGAAAUGACUGAAAUACUACCUGUCAUCUACGAUAUUGCUCAACCAACCCCCAUCUCGUUGAAAGAACUAUCUGCCAUCGCCGUCAGCCUGGAAAUCUGGUGCAAUAGAAUACGUGAGUAUCGCAUGAACGGCACCAUAGAAAAAUUUGAUCCACUCAGUUGGGUCAAUAUCCCGUCAAAAUUUGUGCUCCCAGAUUUGCCAUCGUCAAUUUAUGAUUUUAUCGAUGAAUAUUUGCCUAGAUUUGGGUUUUCAGCGUUUACAUGGCUUACUAAUCACAACAGAAGUGUAUUCCAAUUGCACCGCAACCAUAAAAAUUCAAUUUUGGAAGUGUUUGACGAUUUCAUCCUCGAUUACAAUGGCACUUUCAACUUUGCCAGAACAGCCGAACGUAUGAUGUAUUGUGAUGGACUUAGUGAGGCUGAGAAAUUCGCCAUAGCUUGUACGUAUUUUUUCGAAGACGAUAUCAGACGAAUUUGGCCAUCUGUAUGUGAGAGGUUUGACUUGAAUAGUAUCGACUUUGGUGAUUGCCCGCAAUUGUAUUAUUGGAUAUGCUGUCUCAGAAACGAAACGAAUAAGAUACCUAACCAAGGAAACAGCUCUGUUGACAAAGUUAUGCUUGACCAUCACAUGGUUGCGAAUAGACCAUCUCUCGAGUAUUUCUGGAAUCGGGUAUCUGAGGAAAAUCGAAUGCGAAAAGCCAUAGACACUUGCAAACGUGAUACGAAAUUGUUAGUUACAUUCGUGCUAUCAAAACUGAACAGUCAACAGCUCGAUGAAUUUGCAAAUACAAAUGGUGUCCUAUUAAUACUGGAGCUGUUGAAGAAACGAAACCGUGGUUGCUGGUUAGUUUUACCGGCGUGGUGGUAUAUUAGAGACAGAAUGAACGAAAGCACUCUUGAGAAACUGGUUGUUAACAUGUUAAAACUUGAAGGAGUUGAAUUCUUCUACCCUUAUGCGACCAUAGUACCCAAGAUUUGGUUGCAUCAUAGUUCGGAAAUUUGGAACAGCGUCCCGCCUAAUUUAAAACCAACCAUAGUCAAAUAUAUUUUAUCCGACACGACAAUUUUUGAACAAAUGUUUGGUUUGAGGAGUAGACGUUUCGUUGGCUUCCUGUUGACUAUUAUAUCCUGUGGUACUUUUGAGCAGAGGAGCGCAUUUUGGCAUAACUGCUGGGUUCAUUUGAUCGAAGGCACCCGAAGUCAAGAUUUGAGUCAAAUAAUGAAACUUUGCUUUAAAAACGAAGAAGAAAUUGCACAGUUCAAGGAUAACAUUUUAGCUGAAAGUGAAAAUGUGCGUCUCUUGUGUAGCGAUUUACUUAGUUUUGGGAUGUUGGACGAAUUGAACGAUUUGGUGGACUUUUGUUGGCGCGAAGUACGAAUAGCGAAGACUUUCAAGAAGCAGCUGCUGCGAUCAACUCUUGUCGAUAAAAAUAAUCGUAUUAUCGUUUGUUUAAUUGCCAACAACUUUGAAGAAUUCCGUGUAUUUAUCGACGAUGUAGUUGACAACGCCGAUGAAUGGUAUGAUUUCCAAAAUCUACUGACUGUUCGAUUGUCCAAAUGUAAAAACCUUGAUUUUUAAACGUUAAAUAAUUGUGAAAUUAUUCAACUGAAUUUAUCUCUACUCCGACUCGUAUAUAUGUAUAUUGACACUUGUUUUUACUACACUAGUUUUAAUUAAUUUGCAGUACUUACAAAAUAAGGUGAAUCUGUGUUGUAAAUUGUUGAUAUAUUUUUUUUUGAUUUUGGAAAAAAUUAAUAAAUAUUUGUGCAUA